ACUUAUUUCUUGUCUACGCUACGAAUAUUAGGCUUUUGUUUUAAAGUUUUACGCAAAGAAGCGUAAAUAAGGACACGCAUAGGCACAGCACAAAACGAAAAAAGCAGAGAAGAACCGCAACCCCACAAUUUCACAGCUUGAGAAGAGUUAAAGAAGAGAAAAUCAAAUGGCGAGUGGAGCAGGAGGAGCUGCAGGAGGAGGCAAAGUGUCCUUCAAGAUCAUACUGACAUCCGAUCCAAAGCUUCCUUUCAAAGUAUUUAGCGUGCCGGAGGCUGCACCUUUCACGGCGGUCCUCAAAUUCGCCGCCGAGGAAUUCAAGGUUCCUCCUCAAACCAGCGCUAUCAUCACCAAUGAUGGUGUUGGUAUUAAUCCUCAACAAAGUGCAGGGAAUGUGUUCCUGAAGCAUGGAUCUGAAUUGAGGCUGAUUCCCCGUGAUAGAGUUGGUAGUCUGCAGAUCUCCUUCUAGAUGAUAUCAUCAUAAGAAUUCGCAAUGUUCUCUUUGUAUUCAUAUUCUAGACUUUCUGCUCUAUAGUUUGCAGCAUCUAACAGACUUCUCAUUGCUCAAAAUCUACGUCAAUAAUAAUAAUGUUAUAAAUAAUAAGAUUCACCUAUGGCUUUGGGAUAAUUAAAUGGAUUAGAAGUUGUACAUGUA